UGUUGAAAUUAUCCAAGUAACACAGGAGCAUGAGAUAAUAAAUAUAUUUGGUGCACAAUGAUUCAAUAAUAGUCGGCAGAAUGACAACAUUUAGGUGUAAAAUGGUUUACUUGCGAUAGGUAUAAGACAUUGACUGGUGUAGUUCUUAGUCUUGAUUCUGAAAUGUUAUUUUUCUUUUGCUGUGAAACAAUCUUGUCCCUUUCCCCAUGCAAUACAAACCUGUUCUUCCCUAGGUGGGGUGUGGCAGGUGAAUGUGUGCAUUCAAAAUAUAAAAAUGACUUAAUGUUGACUCUCCCUUUUAUGUUUCAGACGUGUGACCCAAGUUCAGCAGGAACAAUUGAAGUUUGGGGUAAAGUAGGAUGCUCUAUGAAAUUGGGCCAAGUUCGUACUGAAGCGUUGGCAAGAUGUGACAGCAGAAGAACUCUGAGUACAUAGAACUACGGAUGGUUGCAGCAAAAGGAAGAAGAGGCAGGGAGCAACAAUGUCAUCCCUACAGUCUAGUCCUCUGUGCAGUCUACCUUCUGCAAGUGCAAUGUUUGAGAUGGGACCACCCUGUCUACAGACGUUACACGCUGCUAUUGAGGACAUUGAUAGACAGCUCGGUGAAAACGACAGAAGUAUUGAAGAUACAUUGAGACGCCUCGUGCAAGCAACGAAUAGCCUAUCAGCAGAUAACGACUAUACCAACAUCAAGGAUGCAAUGGACAGUCUUAUCCACACGCCAGUAUUAGAGGAAUGUGCCUGUCUCACACCAGAACCAGAAGAUGUGGGCAUUCUACUCAAGACAAUUAUUCAUCAUCUGACGACAAAUCCUGGCUGCGAAAUGACAGUCUUCAGACAGCUACUCUUCCUCUCAUCCCACGAGGGCCUUGGUCUACCAAUCAGAGCCCCUGACCCUGAUCACAUGACCCAGUCAGCCAUGUCCCUCAACACCAUCACUGAUGCCGCGGACGAGGGCAACGAUGUGAUGUGGGAGGACAUCCGAUCUCGUUUGCGCCGUUACUUCCUGGAGAGGAUUAAAAGGCUGCCCAUCCUUAACAGUCGCGGCGGGGUCGAUCUCCGGCAGAAUGAACGCGUGGAGUAUCUACAGUCUCUGUGUAUCCUAUACCCAGAGAAGAAAAUCUGGGGGAGCUACCAGCUGGUAAGAUCACAACAGGUCACGACCUUGAUCCAAGAUUUGUUGAACCCCUCGUACAGUGAUGAGUCUAUAACAGAAUCAUCCGAGCCCAGGCAGCCAGUAACAUUGGAUCUACUAGCACUGCGACUACCAAAGCUAGUGGAGUGUCUUCAAUGUAUGAUAGAGGAAGAUUUUGCUGUGAUGUUAUCUAACGUCUUCGAUGGACAAGUUGAAGCAGCCCAAGCCUUGCGAGAAAUCUACCUGUGCAGUCUGUCCGAGGAUGUUCAAACCCUUCUAGAGAGAGCUUGGGAGGUCAAAGGUGACCGAGAGAAAGUGAAGAAGGAGGAAGAUUCGGAGAGGAAACCUGGAGGCAAGAGGAUGAAGGGCAGCCUCGUCUCGUCUUCUCUCUUCGGAGAUGAUCUUGAAGAUAUGGAGGAAGACUCUGAAGGGGUGGAGGUUGACGUCUCUGUAGAAGAUAUUCCACCUUUGACCCAAGAGGAGCUAGUCAACCUGAUAGGCAUCACUGUGCAACUCUCUGGGAUGGAUUCACUCAUACACACCCUACAUCAACAGGCAUCCAUGGAUCCCAGCUCACUUAUGAAACAUGGACGCACCAAGGGCAUCAAAAGUGCACUGAAGCAUUCUAAAGAGCAGACGGGUCGAGAAGCUCGCCAUCGUGGAGAGUAUGUUGGUAGAAAGGGGGUCAUGCCUGAUGCCAUCCCACCUCCGUUUGGGGUGACCCCUGGGAUGAUGGCACCUGAGGGUAGCGCCCAGCGAAGGCACACUGUGUUGGACAGCCCUGUGACUCAGAAGAUAAAGUGGGAGUGGACGGCCAUCUUGGAAGGGGUCAUCUCAGAUGUGAGUGCCAGCAUUCCCAUCUUGGUCAAGAAUGUCUGCCAAGCUGCACUGCAGCAGGAAGAAAUGCUCUUCUCACAAACCCGCACUGUCAACAUGGUCCCUGUUUGUGGUGAUUUGGUGAAUAGUGAUUCAGGUUAUCCAAGAUUUGCAUCAAAGAGCUUGGUGGAUCUGAUGUCCUUCUUGGAUGCUAUUCUGCCCCUGGCUGUCAAAGGAUCAGAGGGAGUAAUUAAACCUGCCAGAGCAGCCUUUGUAGAGGCUGCGUCGUUCAGCAUGAACCACUACUACAAGAAAAUAUCGGCAAUGCUGAUGAGCCCAACCAUUACCCCAGGCCAUCAGCCCUAUUCUAACAUCACUGAUAAAUACAAGCUCUUGUCGAUAGCAUCCUUUGCUUCCAGUCAUCUAGCUUACUAUGAGAAUGCUCUCAAUGACGAGGAAUCCAGAUAUUUUCUAAACUCGGUCAAGACUCGGUACACCGAGCUGACUACAACUCUUAAAGACCUGAUUGUGACCUACCAGAACAACGUCGUCUCCACCGUCAUCCUGCAAGAUGCUGAGAGCCAUCACUGGAGGGAUCAAAGACCAUUUUAUGAGGAUGAGAGAUGCUCUUUCUCAAUCCAGAUGUGGCAUCUUCACCUGGAUGCCUUGAGGCGGGAUCUGUUUAUUCUCUGUCCUCCUGCUCAAGCUCAGGAGAUCUUUGGUGAAGUGAUGAACGAAUCACUGUCUGUAUUAGCACAGCGUUACAAUAGAGCCAAGCCAACCUACAAGAGGACUAGGCAGUACAGAGCUGACAUCACAGCCAUCUUCAUGAUCACAAUGGAUCAUAUCUGGUACAUCUGCCCCUCACCUGGCCCCCUUCUAGACCCACUCUCCGCCCGUCAUCCCAUCGCCCCCAUCCACAACUCCUGCACCUGUCUCCUGUCUGCCCUCGCCGUGGUGGCCUCCCCUCUUGAGGACCUCUACCGCACCUUCAGAAAGGGCUUCAGUCAGCGGAGGUCCCGGUCGGGGAUAGAGAGGACCAUCUCGGAGCAGGAGGCGGUGGAGGGCUCGUCGGGGCUGUUGUCGCUUGCGAUGACGUCGUCAAGGGAAUGGCUGAGAUGGAUCUAUCCGGGGCUGUUCAGGGGAUUACACAAAGGAAUGGAUAACCUUCAAGACAAGCAAGCUGUGUUUAUCCAACUGAAGCUCUUAUGCAGUCAGCCUUGUCCAAAAUACCAUCAAAUACUACAGGCACUACUUAUGAGAAACUGUCUGGUACCAACACUCAUGGUGACAAACACAGGCCCAACUCAAUCACAGACUGCGACACUGAACUCCAUGUCUGCUUGUGACGGUUGCAGUGGUGGGAUAUGUCCAGGGAAGCUAUGUCAAACUGCCCAAAGCCAGGACAUUCCAGAUGUUGUUCAACCUAUUGUGGACCUCUUGGUACUUUGUGGGGAUCAGCCAAAUGCCUUGACAACUGUUCUGACAGCAAUGAUUGAGAGGGAGGAUAACUGGGAGUCGUUCAGCGAGGCCAAUUGUAUACCAGAUAGAAUCACAUCGGUCUCUCUAUGGUUGGGCAGCGUCUACAAACUCAUCUCAUCUUAUAUUGACAGAGCAAUCAAACCAGCCAUGUCCAUCCUGCUGAAGGAGGACAUCGACCCUAAGAGUCAGUGCGGCUUCAUCGACUCCUUAAAGGAACUCCCAUGUGGCUGUCGACUGAAACAGAAGACAAAGAUACUCAAGGAAACAGGUCCUCAGGAAGACAUGUUCUCAGCCAUGCUAACAUUGAUAACAACUCUAGCUGAUAACGUCAGCGCAUUGCCGACUCCACUCUGCAUCUUCUUCAACAGUCUACAGCAACGUCUGAAUGAGAAGGAAAUCCACUGCACUCACGACUGCAUUGGUCUACAGGUGAUUGCUUGCUGCUUGUACUCUAAACUCCAUGAUAAUGAGUUCUUAAUAGAGGUGGCUGGUGUGCCCAUUAGCCCUCAGAAGUAUGAAGAAUUGAGUCAGUUAGGACACUACUGUCAUAAGGCAUUGACUGCCUCAACGGCAAGCUGUAGAGAGAGCCUACCACAACCUGUCUAUGCCUUCAUGGGCCGCCACACUGACUGGCUACACAGUAAAAUAGACACCAUCAUUAGUCACAUGGAUAACGAGCUUUUCACCCAUUGUUCGGGCUACCCAUUGGAUGAAGCACCCUCAGAGUUCUUGGAGCAUUACAGACAGAUGCAGGCAAACCUCAUCCUCCAGGCACCUCAAGGUGAGAAAUGCUUACUCCAGGUGUACAACAUGCUGAAAAAUAACCUGGAUUGGUUUAAGCGCCAUCUGGAAAUCCCUCCGGUGUUCCCAUCCAGAGAUUCCUCAUCAACAUCGGAGUCUUCUGAGAGUCCUAUCUUCUCACUGGACCUCCACACCCCCACCUCUCAGCUCGCCAACUGGCUUCAUUUCCAACCCCUGAAUGCCUUCAACUUCCUCAAUGGGUCCCCGUUCGACCAGACUACCAUCGCUGAGUUUCCCUACAACUGGCCCAAACUACUGCAGUGCGAGUUAGGCAUGAGCGAGGUGGGGUUCCGUAACUUGCUGUCGCAUCGUCAUGACAUGCAGGAGGACGCCUUCUUGGAGGAGGCAGAGAAGAAGCCGGUGCAGUUACUGAAGAUAAAGUAUAAUCUAGAACCUGGGGAGUUGGUUUGAGGGGAAGGUUAAGUUAUUUGAUAAAUUGUGAUGUCGUCAAGCAAAACGUAGUUUUUUAUGUAAUUAGUAAGGCAUCAGACACUAUAGUAUCAAACAUUGUUAGAAACGGCUCCCGGUUUUCGAGAAAGAAGUAAU